AUUGAUUGGCCGUUUGAUCUAUUCACAUCAUAUAAUUCAUGGAAGCUUUCUACCAUUCCACUACAUAAAAGACUAUAUAUGCCCAAACUUGCUGUAUAAUUUAAGUAUCAAACGAUGUCUUACCUAUUGGUUGCCACAGUUUUUACAUUUAUCCUCUCAGCUCAUGCUGGUGACCCUGAUAUCACCUCUGACUUCGUUGUUCCUCCAGGAACCGUAGCAGAUGCCAACUUCUUUACCUUCCGAGGGUUGAGACAAUUCCUCUAUAAUGGACCAAAGGACGGUAAUGGCUUCCAGGCAACAAAGUUAACUCAAGCUGAAUUUCCAGCCCUCACUGGACAAAGCGUAUCUAUUGCGGCUCUCCAAUUUGCACCUCGAGGUUUCAAUCCACCGCACACUCACCCUCGUUCUGCCGAGCUCUUACUUGUCAUACAGGGAACAAUAAGAGUGGGGUUUGUUGAUUCUAACAACAAGCUCUAUACUCAGUAUUUAGAUAGUGGCGACGUCUUCGUUUUCCCUAAGGGACUUGUUCACUUCCAAGCUAAUGUGGACUCCGCAUAUCCUGCCGUCGCCAUAUCUGCUUUUGGCAGUGCCAAUGCUGGGACUAUUUCUUUGCCAAAGACACUAUUCGGUAGUGGUAUCUACGAUUGGCUUUUGGCACAGUCCUUUAAGACCGAUGUUGGAACCAUAGAUAAAAUCAUUGCGGCCAACACUGCCUGAUUAUUUCGUCGCUGCAGCCUCCACUGCUUUAUUCAGU